AUGGCGUUAGCUAACCUCACCACAGUCACGCUCUAUGGACCUGGUCAUAGGAACGGUCCAUGCGACCCAGAUGCAGCUCCAGGAGCCAUUGUUGGGAAUGGUGGAAAGUGUUACAACUCCACAUGGGGCUACUACAGCCUAGAUCUUUGCACGAAGCAACGGACAACGAGGAAGCCGACCACAAUACAAACCAGCACGAAGGGCACGUCAAGCUCGACUUCAUCCUCACCUCCAUCUUCGACUUCAUCCACGCCAAGCACGAUCUCGACAUCUUCAGCGUCGACAGCCCCGACACCAAGCCACACUCACUCUAACGACCAAGGCGACGGGACGAAUGUGGGCGCCAUCGCAGGAGGCGUCGUUGGCGGCGUAGCGUUCGGCGUCAUCGCCGCAGUCGUUGGCAUUUUGAUGUGCCUGCGGCGUCGAAAAGCGAAGCGUAACCAACUCCCAGAGUACUCCGGAGCACCAGGAUCAUCCCACGGACUCGCGGACAUUGCAACCAAGGAGCUCCCGAGCAACGACUAUUUCCACGACCACGACAGUCGACUUGGGAGUCCACGAGGCGCGCCAGGGACGCCGGGAGGGGCCCAGGAGUUGUCGAACGAGGGAAUACCUGAGAUGGCCAGUUAUCCGCUGGUGGAGCUGCCGGAUAAGGAGCACCGUGCGGAAAUGGGGACGAAGAGUCCGGUUGAUCGUAAGGGACAUGGAGGGUUAUGA